GGUCUCGCGGUGGACCCUAGCCUUGGUUUAUCAGACACACCAGGAAGCCAGUUAGAAGCUGCCUGCGAGCCUGUUUGCUGACUGGGAGCGCGCGAAGCUGUGGGGGGAGGACCACUGAGGAGCGUCGCGCGUUCCCGAACCCCAAAGCGAAUCCCAAACACCUGAGUGAGAACAAACCAACCCCGGGCAGCCUGAUGAAAGGAAGCCGCCUGCCUAGUCCCAUGGGUACCAUUGAGCAAUGGAAAUCCUAGUAUGUGAUACCCUGAUUUCUGCAGCUCUACGUUGUUGGCAGUGGAACCCAGAAGAGAACUAGCCAACUCCUGAAGGUUUACGCCAUGGCCCAAUGUAUCCUUUUAGGGACUGAUGACGUUCAGAGAUGUGGCCGUAGACUUCUCUCCAGAGGAGUGGGCGUGUCUGAGCCUGGAACAGAGGAAUUUAUACAGAGACGUGAUGCUGGAGAGCUACAGCCACCUUGUCUCAGUGGGACUUUGUGCUUAUCGGCCACAUCUAUUCUCCAUGUUGGAAAAAGGACAAGACCCCUGGAUGAUUUUGAGGGACGCAACAAAAGGACCUUAUUCAGACAUAGAUUUCAGUUCUCAGAACAAGAAGUUAUCAGCAAACCCUAGCAUAUCUGAAGAAUUGUGUCAAUGGGAAAUGAAGGAAUAUUUUAGAAAACACCAUCUUGAAGAUUUCUGCUUUGGAGAUGACUGGGAAGGCAAAAGUCAGUUUCAAAGGCAUCAAAAUCAGGAAUAUUUUAAGCAACUGGCAGUCGCCAGUGAAAAAAUGCUCACUUCCAACCAGGGUAUAGUUUUUAAUCGCCAGAGACUUAAUGCAGAAGAGAAAGCAAUUGAAAUUCAAUGUGAAAAAGCUCUUAGUGUGCGAUCUGGCCAUAUUCUUCCUCAGAAAACUCCCCCUGGUAACAAAGUCCACAAAGACAAGGAGUGUGGGGAAACCUCUGUUCCGGGAUCGGAGUGCACUCCCUGUCAGCAAGGUCACUGCCCUGAGACACCUCCGCAAGGCAAGGAGUCCGGAGGGCCGUUUGGUUUGCCUUCAGGAACACCGGGUCUUCAGCAAGUUGACACUGGUGAGAAGUCCUAUGACUGUAAGGAGUGCGGGAAGUCCUUUACUUUGAAGUCAAAUUUGACACGACAUCGCAGAAUUCACACCGGCGAGAGGCCAUACACAUGUCACGGAUGUGGAAAAGCGUUUACACAGAAAUCCCAUCUCAUGUCACAUCAGAAGAUUCACACUGGAAAAACAGCUUACGUGUGUGGCGUCUGUGGGAAAGCUUUUCACUGUGACUCGAGCCUCACCAACCAUCAGAAUAUUCAUUUUCAUGCGGUUGAUGCCGGCAAGAAAGCAUACGAAUGUAAAAAAUGCGGCGUGGAUUUUGGUUGUCAUUCAAGUCUCAGUGAUCACCAGAAAACCCACGCUGGGGAAAAACCUUUUAAAUGUAAACACUGUGGGAAGCUCUUCAGGUUUCAUUCACAUCUUAGGGCGCACACACGAAUCCACACUGGAGUCAAGUCCUAUGAUUGUAAGGAGUGUGGGAAGUCCUUUACUUUGAGGUCAAACUUGAUGCGACAUCACAGAGUUCACACCGGUGAGAGGCCAUACUCGUGUCACGGGUGUGGAAAAGCAUUUACACAGAAAUCACAUCUCACGUCACAUCAGAAAAUUCACACUGGGGAAAAAGCUCAUGUCUGUGGCGUCUGUGGGAAAGCUUUUAGCCGCGGAUCAAGCCUGGCCAGUCAUCAAAAUAUUCAUUAUUACGUGGUUAACGCUGGCAAGAAAGUGUAUGAGUGUAAAGAAUGUGGCAAGGGCUUUGGUUGCCAUUCAAAUCUCAGCCGCCAUCAGAAAAUCCAUGCUGGAGAGAAACCUUUUAAAUGUAGGGACUGUGAAAAGACCUUUGGUCAAAGAGCACAUCUUACCAAACAUCAGAGAGUUCACACUGGCGAAGGCCCUGAUGAGUGUCAGAGUGUGGUCAAGUUUUUCCUUGAAGACCACAACUAUGUCGACGCAAGAAAGUCCAUAUUGGUGUGAAGUGAUGGAAUGUACGAGGAACGUAGGGAAGCCCUUAUUUGUGGUUCAUAUCAUACCCACACUAGAAUAUUCACACUAGUGGGAAGCCCUGAGUCUGAGGCACGUGGGAACACACACAUUGGGAGCGCAGGCUUUACUUGUCACCAGAACAUUCAAACUGGGGAAACAGAAAAAUCUGAGGAAUAUGGAAAGACUAUUCACGGUUCAAAGCUUAAAUCACCAUCAGAAAUGUAUACAGUGGGGGAGGGUCAGCAACCAGGCGUCUCCACCUCCUACCUCAGGGUCCCAGCAGCAGCAGGAUGCCCACUGCCACCGUUGCCCUGGCCCCACGUCUUUCACCAAGCACACACAGGACAUUCUCCAUGUAGGGAGAAUCCCGUGUGUAUUGCGUGGGAUCAUCACCUGUCAAUAAAAAGUCUGUUAGCUGAAAGAAGGAAAUUAGCAAGAAAUAGAAGUGGGACAUUUGGCAGAGAGAGAUUUGAACUUGGGGAGUUAGAUGGAGGCAGGAGCGUCCCGGAACUCUGGAGGAGACAGAAGCAUGAAACUGAGGACCUGUAACUAAUCCUGAGGACAGAAUAGGUUGACAGUUAAAUAAGUGACAAUCUAGGCAAGGAAUAAGCCCAAGCUUAUCACGUAGGCGUGUAUUUAUAAGAAAUGAAGUCUUGGAGUCAUUGUUCUAGAAAUGGAGGUCAGGCAGAAAAGCUCAGGACCGCCCCUCCUCUCCCUGCCCUUUUUCUGUCCACCCUGUCCAGAAGCAGCCUCUGUAUGCUCCCUCCCCAGUAAACCUCCCAGGCGAGACCUGCUACAGGUUGUGACUGUGUGGUGUCCAUUGCUUAGAUCAUAACAAGGAACCCUAAGUAUGUAAUGGAUAUGGGAAAUCCUUUAUCUGGUCUUCACAGCUUAUAGCUGUGGGUCACAGCUAUCGGAAAGUACAUAUUUCUUUUAAGAGUUUAAAUACAGUAUAAUUAUGUAAAGUUAAAGGGCACAUAAUUAAGAUUAGAUUAAAUUCAAUUAAUUUGAAUUUUUAGCUCAGAGCAUUCAUGCAGUGAUAUGAAACAUUGAUUUUUUUUAAAUGUCUAUUUGAUAGAUUCAAGAGCAUUUGCUCAAGUUGUUACCUACUAUUUGAAUAUAUGAUAUCCUAACAGUUUAAAAAAGCCAAAGUCUAAGAAAAUUUUUUGUUUGUUUUGUUUUGUUUUGUUUUUUGUUUUUUCAAGACAGGGUUUCUCUGUGUAGCCCUGGCUGUCCUGGAACUCACUCUGUAGACCAGGCUGUCCUGGAACUCAGAAAUCCGCCUGCCUCUGCCUCCCAAGUGCUGGGAUUAAAGGCAUGCGCCACCACUGCCCUGUAAGCCUAUGAAAUUUAAACAUUAGUUGUGAUAUAUAAAAAUAUACAAAUAUAUGUAUGUUAAUGUGUGUAUUAGUGUUCUAUGUGUAUCUAUUUUUUGCCUAUCUUUGAGAUUUUGAACUGUACAAGUGGAUGUGGCAGCCGUAAGGGUCCGUUGAUAAAUCAGAAAGCUCCGGCUGUGAUUCUGGGAUGUCAGUCAUGGUGUCUUCAGACGGCUCUGCUGAAGAUUAUAAAGCCUGUAAGUGACUGUUUGCACAUGGUCUUGAUACUGGCUUUGAUCAGGAAUCUCCUUCUGCUCUUCUGGGAUGUCAAUCGUGAUAUCUGGGCCUGAAUCAAGAGCUUUUGCUGCUCUUCUGGGAUGCCAUUUUUGCUACCUUGUCCUAUACCAAGAAACUUCUGCUGUUCUUCUGGGGUGUCAUUCAAGAUAUCUUCAUAUAGGUUGGCUAUAGAAAUUGGGCUCUGUGAUGUGAUCGUGUGUCCAAAGCCUUGAUACGGGCCCACUGGGGAGUGUGGCGUUGAAGAGCCAGAAGCCAUAUCUUGUGAAGAGGAAGAAAGUAGGCUUGAGUAUUCAUUAUGAUUCAGGUCUCCAGGAAAACAUUUCUUUUUUUUGGAUAACCUCGCAUUGUCCUCCUGACACGCCUCACUUGUUCAGUAAUAUCAUCUCUGAUGUCGAACACAUCCCACAUAGCGUGGAAGGAGUCAAAGCAGGAGCCUUCCUCUGCUUCAUGCACAUAGGGUUUACAGGAGACAGUAUAGUGAUGGGCAAGUGCCACAAAGAACGUUUUAAUGCAGAUUAUGAAAUCCUGCAGGCCUGUGGCCACACACUUUGCCAUUCCCAGGUAUGGUACUGCUUGCCAAAAGGAAACGAAGACCACGCGUUUCACACAGAGAAACUUGCCAGCGGGUUGUAUAGGGAUGAGCUCUUCCUUCAGGACUUUGUAAAACAGCAGCAGGCAGAACAUGGUGAACUGUCGUGACAGAUUGUUUAACAUAGCCAGGUAUGUCCAGGCAUUGGGUUUCAUAUUACCAGCGUGGUGACGGUGGUGAUUGGUCUGACCACAGUAUAUUGUGAUACUCCUAGCUUGCACCUGAAGCACAGCACCUCCCAGCACCCAUGGCAGGCAGCAGCACCACGGAGGGAGUUGGUUUCUCCAAUCUUUAGCUUCCAGGUGUAGCAUCUAGUUUGGGAAUGGGAUUGUCAGAUAGUUGGUAAGGAAUAUCAUAACGUUAUAGAUGACAUAAGCUUUGUAACACUCCAGGCAUCUACGUAUAUUCCAAUUUGGGGAUAUUUCAAAACUACCCAACUAUCCAAACUGUAUAUUGGGACCAUCCAAAGGAUCCUUCAGUUUUUGAAGUUUCCAAAUACAAAUGGGACCUGCGACCAGAAGAGCAGCUGAAUAAAUACCAGCAGGGGUCAGUUCCAUCUCCUCCGAAUAUUUCCACUACAUGCGCAAGGCAUCUUCAGAAACAAAUUCUCUCUAAAUAGCUGAGUCAACGAACUAAACCAAGAAUUUGGCAAGUUCUCUUUUUCAGUUGUCUUCUCCACUGGUGCCCUAGGGGAAGAUUUACCAGCAGCUGGUGGCGUGUGUUUUGCAGCUGCUGCAGCAGCGGUGGCCACUCAGGAUGCUCGCCGGUGCAGGCUGCAUCCUUGCCAGCCAACUUGCAUGCACCCGGUGCCACUGCGGCCUCACCUGGAGGUUACUCAGAAUCUCAGCUGCAUCAUGACCCCGAGGACAGUCGGGGUAACCUGGGGAUUCUGGGCACUCAGGGUCUGACCUGCAACUCUGCAUAUUUCUGAUGGUCGUAGGGACUGAGGCACUGCUCCAUUGCAAAAAUUGCAUUCACGAAACAGAAACAAGAAUGAAUUUAUGGUUGGGGGUUCCUAAGACGAUUGGAAAAGUGUUUUUUGAUGGCUGCUGCCACAGGUUGAGAACCGAUGUGACUUAUAACAUUCUUCUUUUUUUUUUUUUUUUUUAAAUCAGCAGUAUCAUUGUAAAAAGCUUUUAAAGCAAAAAGGCACUAAUUGGUCAUCAGUUAUACACAAAGAGGCAGUAGUGUAUAUUUAGAAGGUACAUUUCAAGGCAAUGUAGGUACAAAAAUUAUAUUUUGACAAGUGUCAUAUGCUGAUAGCUUAUAUUCUAGGCUAACAUUAAUGAUUUUUUUUCUAGUACAACCCAAAAGUCCAAAGAAAAUGGAAAAACAUUUUAAAAUGCAACUGAAAAUCAUGUCAAAGUAAAUCAGGCUAUACUAUAAAGGAGUGGAAAGCCUUGUGUGAAAUUUGCCACCUUGUGCUAACAUAACAGAAGUAAAUGGGGAGUGGACUGGACAGGAAAUUCCUGGAAAAAUGUAAAUUGUAUGUGUGUGUGUGUGUGUGUUUCACAAGGUACAUGUGCAGGGGUAUGUUCUCUCCUACCAUGGGGGUCUCAGGGAUCAAAUUGAAGUUGUCAGACUAGAAACCUUCAAAGCCUGGGCUCUGAAAGUAACAGAUUUGAAAUUUACCUGGAAUGUUAAAGCUUUUCUUUAAAUUUUACAUGGUUAAUUUUUGGUUCAGUCGUAAUUUCUUUCAUUAUUUUUAAUGUGUACGGUUGUUUUUCCUGUGUGUAUGCAGGUGCACCAGGU